AUGGAGCUUCGAAGGGCAGCAGAUGCGCUUCUGCGCGCGGAAGCUUCUUGUGCUAGCUUUCUCGCACCCUCGAAUCUUAUACGACGGCCAUUACGAGUACAAUGCCAGAUUACGUCGAGAAGAAAUCCAGAUCUACCGAGAAGAAGCUUUACGACAUCGAAUUGCAAACAUGAUUCGCAACGGCCGCCUGCAACUACCGCCGGCUUACAAUCCAACUCGCCCUCCGGAUUACCAAAAGACGGACCAAAACCACCAAGCAGCGAGCUGGCGAAAGGCCUUUGGGGAGACAGGUCCACCCGCCCAGCUCCAAUAGCACCGCAACGGGGAAACUCUGCCAUAGCCAUGUUUGCAAACCUCCAUGGAUCCACUGGUAUAAACUUGGACGAUAUGAUCAGCGUAGCAGCCGCCCCACGAGAAACAAGUUCACAAAAUGCACUCAUGGGCUACAUGGAUACUACCAAUUUUGGUCUGACUGCGCCCCUGCUCCCGAAGGCGGCACCUAUGCGACUGAACCCUUCGACGGGGAGAACCUUUGCCGUGGGAGGAAACGUGGACGUUGCAAGAGCAUUCAUGUUGUUAAAUCAGAGUUGCGCUUCCAACAACGUGCGGCACGAUGAGAGAUAUCAGAGGUUUCACGAGCGGGGUGGGUUAAAGAGGAAGAGAUUGCAUAGACAGAGGUGGCGAAAGAGAUUUGGGGAGGGAUUCAAGGCUGUCGUCGUGAGGGUCAAGCAGCUACGAACCCAAGGCUGGUAA